UGAGUAGCACGUAGGUUUUACACUGUGAGGCAUUACAGAGCUGCAUCACCCUGCAAAGAGAAGGCGUUUUUAAAUGUUUACGCGUUUCAUACUUAAUAAAACCAUGUCUAUUUAAAGGUUUUGUUUAAAAAAAAAACAGACAUUUUGUUGGCUGGUUAUUUCUGAGCAGGACGAACAUCAUCUUUGACGUUAGCAGACGGAGCUCGCGAGCUACUGGAGGAGGACCCAGUUCCUGCACGCUUCUGAACACAAUGGUUGGUCAAUGCCUAAUUAACCCCACCUGCUCCUAGCUCCGCUGCAUUCUGAUUGAACAGCUUCUGUGAAGCGAGCCUCCCAUCGCCAUAGGUGCCAUGACUUAGAAAUACCGCUCAGUCAAAGAUGGAGAAAAAGAAAAUGUGUCCCCGCUUGCUGGACUACCUGGUGGUAGUUGGAGCCAGGCAGCCAUGUAGUGACAGUGUGGCUCAGACGCCACAGCUUCUGAGACGCUAUCCACUGGAGGACCAUUCUGACUUCCUCCUCCCGCCAGACGUCGUGUUUUUCUGCCAGCCGGAGGGCUGUCUGAGCGUCCGGCAGCACCGGGUCAGCCUGCGCGACGACUCCUCCUUCGUCUUCACACUGACUGAUAAGGACUCUGGCGUAACGCGCUACGGCAUCUGCCUCAACUUCUACCGCUCCUUUCAGCGAGGUCACCAUCGUCCACGCCCAGAAAGUAAAGAAAAGCCUCCACACACAGACCCAGCAGUUGAGGCCACCGAGAAGUGCGAUCCCUCCACCUUGUCUUUCUCGGGCGACCACGCAGCCCAGCCGACUGGCGAUGGUGUGCCAGUGCCGUGCGAGCCAGGCGAAGGAAAGUCGCCGCGUCCCAAACGCACCAGCAGGGCCUCGACGCGAAAUCGCAACAGUAUGCUCACGUCGUUGUGCGUGCUGAGCCACUACCCGUUCUUCUCCACCUUCAGAGAGUGUCUGUACAUACUUAAACGCAUGGUGGACUGCUGCAGCCAGCGACUUAACCAGAGAAUGGGCAUCACCAAGGGCGUUCAGCGUGACACCAUGUGGCGUGUGCUGGCUGGUGCUCUCUCGGUGGAGGAAAAGGGCUCUCAACUGCUCCAUGACCUCAGAGAAAUUGAGUCCUGGGUGUAUAGGCUCCUGCGGUCACCCAUGCCCGUAGCAGGUACACGGCGCGUGGACGUGGAGGUGCUGCCGCCGGAGCUGCAACCGGCUCUUACGUUCGCCCUGCCUGACUCGUCCCGCUUUUGCCUGGUGGACUUUCCGUUGCAUCUGCCUCUGGAGCUGCUGGGGGUGGACGCCUGCUUACAGGUUCUCAGCUGUAUCCUGCUCGAACACAAGGUGGUUCUGCAGUCACGAGAUUACAACGCCCUCUCUAUGAGUGUGAUGGCAUUUGUAGCCAUGAUUUACCCCCUGGAAUACAUGUUCCCUGUCAUCCCUCUGCUGCCCACGUGUAUGGCUUCAGCCGAACAGCUCCUGCUAGCUCCCACUCCAUACAUCAUUGGCGUACCCGCCAGCUUCUUUCUAUAUAAGUCAGACUUUAAGAUGCCUGAUGAUGUUUGGCUGGUGGAUUUAGACUGCAGCAAGGUCGUCGCUCCUAACAAUGCAGAAACAUUGCCACCUCUACCGGAACCAGAAGCCGUGGAGCUUAAGAAACAUCUGAAGCAGGCCCUGGCCAGUAUGAGUCUGAACACUCAGCCCAUUUUAAACUUCGAAAAGUUUCAGGAGGGUCAGGAUCUGCCUCUGUUGCCGCCGGCCAGGGAUAAGUCGUCCCCGUCCUCCACUGAGUUUAACCCUCUCAUCUACGGAAAUGACGUAGACUCUGUGGAUGUGGCAACAAGGGUGGCCAUGGUGAGGUUCUUCAACUCUCCGAACGUACUGCACGGUUUCCAGAUGCACACGCGCACUCUGCGGCUGUUCCCGCGGCCCGUCGUCGCCUUCCAGGCCACGUCCUUUCUGGCUUCCCGGCCACGCCGCAGCAGCUUCGCCGAAAAGCUUUCGCACACGCAGGCUGUCGAGUAUUACGGAGAAUGGGCGCUCAACCCUACAAACCUGGCCUUCCAGAGAAUCCAUAACAAUGUGUACGACCCGUCUCUGAUAGGCGACAAGCCGAAAUGGUACGCUCAUCAGCUGCAGCCUGUGUUUUAUCGCGUCUAUGACGGGAACUCGCAGCUCGCCGAGGCCAUCAGCGGACCGCCAGAGGACAAUGCGAAUGAUUCGGAUCCCACAGAUGACAGUGGCAGUGACAGCGAGGCGUACGACGACUCCAGCUCCUCCUACUCCUCGCUGGGUGAUUUUGUGAAUGAGAUGAUCAAAGGGGACAUACAAGGCGACACACCAAACGUGGAUCCCCUGACUCAUGCAGCAUUGGAGGAUGCUAAUGAGGUGGAGAUUCAUGAAUUCCAAGAGUACAAGGGUGAGGGGGUGGAGCAUGGGCCUGAAGCAGAGCCUCCUACUGAGAACACAGACAAUCAACCACUUCGCUCCAGCUCCAGCACCACAGCCAGCUCCAGCCCCAGCACGGUCAUCCAGGGAGCAAAUCAUGAACAGACGGAGCCUGUUGAGAUGGAGGCGUCAGUUAGCGUGGCUCAACAGAACAAAGUCCCUGGAAUAUCUCUCCGGGCAUUCGCUAAAUCGGCCCCAGAGCCCACCCCUGCAGACUCGGUGAAUAAGAAACGAGAGUACGAUAACCCAUAUUUCGAACCCCAGUACGGGUUCCCUGCUGAAGAGGAGGCCGACAGCGAGGAGCAAGAAGAGAGCUACACACCACGCUUCAAUCAGAACGUCAAUGGAAACAAGCCAUCUCGUCCAUUAAGGCCCAGCAGCCUGAAGCUACCUGGUGAGUCUGACGGUGAGGGAGACUCUAAGAACAGCUCACCCAACUCUACCAUCUCAAAUAACAGCAAUGAUGGCUUCGGAGGACUCAUGUCUUUUGCCAGUAACUUAUAUAAGAACCACGGUACCAGCUUCAGUCUGUCCAGUCUGGCUCUGCCUAACAAAGCAGCCCGAGAGAAGAACACACCUUUUCCCAGUCUUAAAGUAUUUGGGCUAAAUUCUCUAAUGGAGAUUAUAACCGAGGUCGGCCCGGGGAGCGGAGAAGGUGCCCGUGCUCCUCGUGCGCUGGUCGAUCAGAAGUCCUCGGUGAUCAAACACAGUCCGACUGUAAAAAGAGAGCCACCUUCGCCCCAAGGUCGAGCCAACAAUACCAGCGAGAACCAGGUGUUCCUAAAGGAGGUGGUACAGAGCGUCCUGGAGGGUCAGGGAGUCGGCUGGCUCAACAUGAAGAAAGUGCGCCGCCUGCUGGAGAACGAGCAGCUGCGGGUCUUCAUGCUGAGCAAGCUCAACCGCGCCGUCCAGUCAGAAGAGGACGCUCGGCAAGAGGUCAUCAGGGAUGUGGAGAUUAACAGGAAGGUGUAUAAAGGCAUGCUGGACUUGCUGAAGUGCACCGUUUCCAGUCUGGAACACUCCUACACUAAUGCAGGCUUGGGUGGCAUGGCUAGCGUGUUUAGUCUGUUAGAGAUAGCACGCACUCACUACCAAACCAAAGAGCCAGAGAAACGCAAGCGGAGUCCCACCGACGGGGCGAGCAGUCCGGGCAGCAAGGAGAGCCCCUCCGUCCGCAUGGAGAGCGCCAGGGCGGCGGGCGUGCUCCUGAUGCCCAGGAUUCAGCUGCAGCCUCCUCCCGCUGGGAAAGGGGGGCACCAGUUUGACACCCGGAGUCUGAACGAAGAGAAUUUUAUUGCUUCUAUUGAAUUGUGGAGCAAGCACCAGGAUAACAGAAAGCAAAAAGCUUUGGAAAAAGAACAGAGGGCAGAUGGAGCAAAGCAGCGUCCAGAAGGGGGUGACACAGAGGAGAAAAAGUCUCAGAUCAGUGCAGACAGUGGGCUCAGCGUGACAUCAGGAUCUCAGAAAAGCGAUACAGAGUCGGUGGCGAGUUCCGAGCCUCCGGUUUUGACGAGGAGCACCAGUCAGGACUCUGAAGCCAGCACAGUGGUGAGUAACAGCUCAGGUGAGACUCUGGGAGCUGACAGCGACCUGAGCAGUGUAGCCGGAGACGGACUGGCCGGUCGCCCCUCUCCUCACCUGGCCGCGUCCCGCUCCACUCUGUCAGACAGCGAGAUAGAGACCAACCCUGCCACCAGCUCUGUGUUUGGAAAAACCCAUAAACUGAAGCCAGGCUUGAAGGAACCUGUCGGUGGUGCGCCUAAGGGGGUUCCUAUCCUGCCUCCUGAAGAUGUCAGCAUGAGGAUCUACCUGUGCGAGGGACUUCUGGGGAGGGAUAAGAGCUCGGUGUGGGAUCAGCUGGAGGAUGCUGCCAUGGAAACCUUCUCUCUGAGUAAGGAACGCUCUACUCUGUGGGACCAGCUACAGUUUUGGGAGGAUGCCUUUUUGGAUGCUGUAAUGCUCGAAAGAGAGGGAAUGGGUAUGGACCAAGGACCACAGGAAAUGAUUGACCGGUACCUUUCACUGGGUGAACAUGACCGUAAGAGACUGGAGGACGAUGAGGACAGACUGCUGGCCAAUCUGUUACACAACAUGACAGCCUACAUGCUAAUGAUGAAGGUUAAUAAGAAUGACAUCAAGAAGAAGGUGCGUCGCCUGAUGGGGAAGUCGCACAUUGGCUUGACAUACAGUCAGGAGGUCAACGAGCUCCUAGACCGGCUUUCACAAAUGAAUGGAAGGGAGCUUUCCAUAAGACCGAGCGGCAGCCGGCACAUAAAGAAGCAGACUUUUGUGGUGCAUGCGGGAACUGAUACCACAGGCGACAUAUUCUUCAUGGAGGUGUGUGAUGACUGCAUUGUACUGCGCAGCAACAUCGGGACGGUGUAUGAACGCUGGUGGUACGAGAAGCUGAUCAAUAUGACCUACUGCCCCAAGACCAAAGUGCUGUGUCUGUGGAGAAGAAAUGGACAGGAGACUCAGCUCAACAAGUUCUACACCAAGAAGUGUCGAGAACUGUACUACUGUGUGAAAGACAGCAUGGAACGUGCAGCGGCACGACAACAAAGCAUCAAACCAGGUCCAGAACUAGGAGGAGAGUUCCCAGUGCAGGAUAUGAAGACAGGUGAAGGAGGUCUGCUCCAGGUCACUCUCGAAGGAAUCAAUUUAAAGUUCAUGCACAGCCAGGUUUUCAUAGAGCUGAAUCACAUUAAAAAGUGCAAUACAGUGAAGGGAGUCUUUGUCCUGGAGGAAUUUGUUCCUGAAACUAAAGAAGUGGUGAUCCAUAGGUACAAAACUCCCAUGGCACAUCAGAUCUGUUACUCUGUGCUCUGUCUCUUCUCCUACAUGGCUGCAGUGAAAGGAAAGGAGACAGAGGGCAAACCCAGGAUGCCGUCUCCUCGUCCACUACCCAGCUAGUGCACACUGUACUGCCCGCUGUACUUUACUGUAUACUGGCUGUGUCUUAAACCCCCGUGAAUGAAUCUGCAGCUUGUCCGCGCAGCCUGGCCAUCUGCUGUUUUACAGCCGUCUUGAGCUUGUAGCUCGCUCUGCUCUUCUGGACAAUAUUCCUUACACUCUUCCGUCCACUGAAAGUAUUUAAAUCACUUCAUAGAUCAGUAAAUAUUACAAAUCCAGAUUCUCUUUGUGCAAACUGUACUUUAUGUCCCAAGAGUGUGUAGAGCGCCACAUUACGCAUACAGACUUUCCUCUAUUCAUGUAAGCAUGCACAGGGUAAAUCCUUUGAUUUUAUUCAUCUACUACACCUACAGUAGUUUUCUCAACUGUCUCCUGGUGUAGGUCAUACCCAUUGUUAUUGUGCUUACCUAAUGAUUUAACCAUUCCUACAGUACUUUACCUCAACUCUUAUUCAUCCAGCCAUGGGCAGUGUAAUCGUUUCCUUGACUUCUGUUGGUCCAGCCAUGCCAACCUUAGUUUUUCAGCUAUUCACCUAACCAUGAAUAGAAGUAUUGCCCCCUAACCAUGGGCAAUAAUGCUGGUCCUACACACUAUUGUUCAAUCACAAACACAGUAGUUUUAUUAGUCUCAAUUGCUAAUCUUGCCAUGUCUACACAGUAACACCCUUGACUUGAACUCCUGUUGGUUUAAAAGACCAACAAACAUUGUAUUAUUAUUAUUAAUAUUCAACUACAAAGGCCCACAGUAGAUAGUAGGUUUGCCUUCUAGACUUCUAUUGAUCUAACCAUGCUUACUGUAAUUAAUCUAACAUGGCUAAUGUCUUCUCCUCGACUAUUCACAUCCAGAGUAGACUGUCGUAUACUGUCGUUUUCUCAUUACCAAACGAGCCAGAAAUCCGCUUCAUAUCCGCUUCAUAUUCGCAUCUCUUGCAUGUGAUUGGAGGAUCCGCUGGCUUAGCCGAAUGAGCCGUCUUGACCCAUGCUCACGUCUCCGAAUCCAUAGACUGUAAGAAUAGUCCUGUGUACUCAGUGGUAACGUAUCUCUGGUCCGUCCUGUCCGUUGUUGAUAAGAUGUUCGGGUGAGUGUGCACUGCCUUAGCAGGUGACUAUGGCGUGCUACCAACGUAAUGUCUCAUUGAGCCUGUACUGCUGUUCUGCUGUAAGUAGUCCAAGGUGUGUGUAACUUUAGCUUUUACCCUUGAGCCUACUGUACUAGUUUACUGUAAAGCCUUGUCUGUGAACAGCUGUGAAUUGCAUGUUGCUGUAAAAAAAAAAAACAAGGGGGUCGGGGGGAUACGUAAUAAUGAAUAAUGAAGAAAAAAAAUUCUAUGCUGUACAUUUCACUUGAGCAAUGUUGAACGUUCUAAAACAAACCGUGGUUUGUUGAGUAGAUGUGCAAUACUGUAGUGGGUGUGAAGAACAAGCCGUCGAACUGUUCUCUGCUGUCCCCUGCGCGAAAGUAAAAGCCGACCGCGCACGUUUUCAAACGCAUUUCGCAACUAGAGGUGUUAAUAGGUGUUAGGAACCUGAAGCAGCUGUGUUUGGAGAUCUCUUGCAUUCAGAUGUGGGUCGUCUUCGUGCUGCGUCGUCUUGUCAAAUCGGUCAGAGGGAACUGAUAAAUUUAAUGGAGAAAUAUUUGAACAGUCCCUUCCUAGGUUGUGUACGUUAUGCUGUCUUCACUAAACGUUUUAUUGAUCUUACCUGGUGUUUGGAUUUUAAACAGGUAUAUUUUCAAGUGUUUUUUGUAUGUAGCUUGUCCGUCUGCUUUACCAGCUAUUAUUUUAAUGGCCCACUGUCUGUAGAUGUAAAUAGCACAAAAUUUAUUCAGCAGGUCUCCAAAGACAGAUGUUUUAAUGUGAAUGCUGAGUGACUGCAAGAACCAGACACUGUAGCAUUCAAGUUUAUCUGAUCGUUUUUUUUCUGUAUGUCUACUGAUGUGAAUGAGAGGAAUAAGGGGACAGACACAAUGGGUGUAAAUAUUUCAGUGUUUAAAAAGUAUUUAUAGAACCUGUACAGCUUUGGCAAUAUGACAAUAAAAGAUGUCCAACCCA